CGCAUGCGUUUCCGAGACUGACCUAUCCCAGAGUUCCUUGUAACCAUCAUGGCGGAAAAAGAUGAAAGUGGGAGGGCGGAGGGCAAGUUAUCCAGGUUUAAAGGAGGAAUGUUCCUGGCUGCAGUGGCGGGAACAGGCUUGCUGGCAGGCUUCAGCACCACACUGGGGAUGACUAAGAAGAAAAGCCCAGACAUGUUUGAUAAGGGUCUGGCUGGGGGUCCAGGUAUUGAGAGUGGAGUUUCAGUUGGACUGAGAGCACUGAAAUGGGGGACGUUCUAUGCAGUAGUUGGUGUUGGAAGCCUUGCCUUCCUCUCAUUCAAGAUCCUAGGCGUCAGUAAUUUACAAGAGUUCCGCACAGAGAUGCAACAAAAGUUACCAAGAAUACCAAAAGCACGAACCAAGAAUAGGGUUGAAAACUUGGACUCUUUAUUUGGGAUUCAGAAUGAGACCACUACAGAGAGAUAGUCAUCAAUACACUUUGUUGUACACAAGAAUACAAAUAAUAUUGUUUGAAAAGCAGGUGACAGAAAGUGUAGUUAGCUAUACAUCUUGAAAUUUAUUAGUGUUGCCCCCACUUGGUGGAUGCUGCUACCAUAAGGCAACUACAUGUACGUAAGUGUUAGAGAAGACAAAUUUACUAGCUAUAGGAGAGAAAUAAAUGUUAAAACUUCCCAGCAAUGUUACAUGUACUCAUCUGUUAAGGAAGACUAU